UCAAGGCCCUGCUCCAUGGAUCUACAAGCCCGGUCCCAGGGUCCCCCCGGGAGAUGCUGCACCAGGAAUGUCCCGGUGCCUGGGGCCAAGGAGCUGUCUUUGCCCCUAGGGAAAGGACAAGGGGGCGGACGCUCAGCCUCCCAGGGGCCCCGCCCCCUCGGCCAGGCCCCACCCCAACUCCUACAGCCCCAGCCUAGGCCGCUGUCACCUCCGGGCGGGCCCUGUCCUGGUCCCUCGAACCCCGCCAUGCCCCGCGGAAGCCGCAGCACUGCCGCGCCUGCCCCAUCGGGCAGCCGCCUGAUUCCCCCGACGGCCCCAGCUGCGGCCCCGGCCCACGCCCCGAGGAGCGGGCAGCCAGGCCUCCUGUCCCAGAUGGCAUCCACGGCGGCGGGCGUGGCCGUGGGCUCGGCUGUAGGCCACGUGGUGGGCAGUGCCCUGACCGGGGUCCUCAGCGGGGGCAGCAGCCCCCAGCCAGAGCCGACCCCCCGCCCGGCCCAGGCCCCCCAGGCAUCACCAUCAGCCCCUUCAAGGCCCUGCUACUAUGAAAUCAAGCAGUUCCUGGACUGUUCUACCAGCCAGAAUGAGCUGACCCUGUGUGAGGGCUUCAGUGAGGCCCUGAAGCAGUGUCAGCAUAGCUAUGGCCUAACCACACUUCUGUGAAGCCAGACGCCGCAGCCCGCCGUGGGGGUCCCGCUCUGCCAACACCUCCAUUGCCCAUAGCAGGAGAUCGGCUGACGGGAGUCAGUCUUCUUUGGAGAUGUUCUUGGGAAGGACACUUGGGAAAGGGACUAUGUCCAAUUAAACAGGGGUCUCUUGUCCUUCA